AUGGUAAUUCACGAUAUUCAGGGAACUAAACUGUUCAAAUACGCCGAUGUGGACAACAAAGGUUAUAUAGUGAAAGAAGAUUUAGCCUUAAUUAAAGAUUAUGUCAGCACAUCUCAUCUCCAUGCUCUUGAAAACAUGAUGAGAGAAUCAAAUGAAAGCUAUAUAUCAGAAAAAGAAUUCAUUCAAAUGAUCAAUGAUCUAGCGGAAGCCCCAGUGAACAGUCCUGUGGAAAAGUUCGAAAACGUCCAGAAAAACCACGAAUUAGAAAAAUCUGAGCUUUCAGAUCCUUAUAGCUUAGCAGCAGAACUGUCUUCAGCUACCACUGACUGUAAAUACGAAGAUCCAAUCGUGGAUAUGCUUAGAAGUCAGUUGGAUUCUCCAGACUAUCCGUUCAUAGUUGAGAAUGUGGCCUCCAGACAAAGCACUCCGACAAUUGUAGAAAAACCGUCAUAUGCUGUAUCCAUUAAAAAACCACAAUAUCGUCCUAUAGAACCAGGAGAUAUGCAAAUGAGCUCAGCUAUUUUAGGAGCUCCUUCUCUUGCUGAUGAACUAAGUGAAGCUGAAGAGGGUAAUAGCUCCAGUUAUCAAAAUCAAUUAGAUAAGAAUAGCUGUACGCCGGAUACAAUAUUCAAAGUAGUUUUCGUUGGGGACUCGGCAGUUGGAAAAACUUGCUUCCUCCACAGGUAA